CCUUGGGGAAGUCAGCACAGCGUCUCUCCCAAUGGACCAUAAUAAAGAGUGUAUGUUACUAACUUGCUUAUGAAAGCAGAGGGAAGAGCUUCUUGGUACUAGUGAGGACAGUACAACUCAAGUAGUUUUACCUGCGGUUAAGAUCAUAGUGCGCUCCUGAAAGAACUUCAAUGCGCAAUUGACGCUCUUUUGAGAAUAAUCGCAAUGGGAGCCUCACAAUCUGCGGGCACUGAACAUGAGUUCCAAGACCUGGCUGAUCGAACUGGAUUUUCCCUGGAGCAGAUUGGCAACAUCAACAAGAGAUUCAGACAGCUGAGUAACAAUCAGGAGACACUAAGUCGAGAGGAUUUGGCCAGCAUCCCUGCUCUAGAUAACAAUCCAAUCCGGGCUCAAAUUAUUAAUGCAUUCUUUGAUAAAAGAAACCUCCAUCAGAAUGAGACGGGUACAGUCCAGGAGAUUGGCUUUGAGGAGUUCCUUAUGGUGAUGACUCACUUCCGCCCAGCAGCCAUGGGCCUAACAGAGGAGGAGAGGGAGAACCUGAGGAGGGAGAAACUACGAUUUCUAUUCAACAUGCAUGACACAGACAGCGACGGCACCAUCAACCUGGAGGAGUACAGACGGGUGGUGGAGGAGCUCCUAUCUAAGGCUGGCACUAUCGGGCAGGAGACCGCCAAGGCCAUCGCAGACGCUGCCAUGCUGGAAGUGGCAAGCACUACAAGGGGCAAAAUGGAACCUGAUGAAUUCUAUGAAGGAAUCACUUUUGAAAAUUUUCUACAGAUUCUAAACACCUUAGAUAUUGAGACGAGGAUGCAUGUUCGCUUCUUAAACAUGGACACUGCAAACUUGCGAUGUGGAAAAUCGAAAUGAGCCUCGGUCUCCUUUAAGAGACAUCAUUAUGGUACGGCUGUUUUUUGUAGAAUUAAUCUCUCCCGUCUUCCUCUGUAAUGAAGCCAAAUACUUUUCAUACGCACUAAAGUGUAAUUAAAUACCUUUCAUAUGCACUAAUAUUUAAAUACUAUUAAUAUGCACUGUUUUCAUACUUUUAAUUAUUCAUGGGAAAUUAUUAUCAGAAUAAUACAUUGUGAUACAUGACAUGUAAAUGCACAAUAUUGCCUACAUAUACCCCCCUCAGCCUUCAUACCCCCCUCCUCCCUUCAUACCGCCCCCCUCAUGUCAAUGUUAUGUUUACAGUACUGACAUUUUGAGUGCCUAGAUGUUCACAUGACCUGUUAUGUGGAUCACUUCUGAGGAUCAGAGUUGGCAAUGGCAUCCAGGGUCACUUUUAUUCUGGCUCACAUUCAGAGCCUGAGACACGGGGCACAGUGCAUUCCAACAGGGCUAGAGAAUACACUUGGGACUCAUUUAUCUACUUCACCGAGCUUUAUUAUGUCUGUACAUUUCCAAUUGAAACACUGGACACUGUCCUCUGCUAUGGCCUUGGUAGGGAGACUUACAGCACUCUCUGUAAAUUGUAAGAUUCACCUUCCUACCCUCUAAAACCAAAGAAUAACCACUUAAAUGUACUACUUUGUUUAAAUUCAAUUUCUAAUACAUUAAAUGGAUAUUGUGCCUUAUGCCCAAAGAAGUUGUAAUAGCCUUGACAGUAAUUUAUAUACAUUUUCUAUUAAUUCAAAAUAAUAAAAUUGUGAUGAAAAAUGGCAACAUUA